CCUGAACGACAGAAGGUGAUACAACAGCUAUGGAAUGUGGGGGAGGAGAGCCCAAAUGACGCAAUGGCUAUGCAAGAAGGGGGCAGCCAUUUGCUUUCGUUGACCUCAGCCUCUUUCUUCUCCAAUGGGAUACCCAAAUGGGAGGAAGGCUUAAAUUGUCCCUUUUUGUCUCCAAAGGAUGCUAAAUAGAAAGCAGUAGUCUACCAAAAGACCAAAGUUAAGGGGUAGGAGAGCAAAAUAGAAGAAGGGAUGAAGAAAGAAGGGGAAGAACCCUUCAAAAAGAAGAAAGAGGGGGAUGAGAAGAAGGGUUGGUCAGAGAUAAGGCUUGCUGUAGAGGAGCUCUCUUUGGUGAAGCAUGAGAAGGUGGUCUCCACCCUUGUCUUCCUCAGUGUCUCCAAUUUGCUCCUCCAAGUCCUUGAUAAGAUUGGGCCGACCAUGGCAGUCCUCAGACAAGACAUCCAGCGAAAUAUCGAGAGAUUGCAAGAGCUUUACGUGUCAGAUCCAUCAAGGUAUUCAAGUUUGGCAGAGAUAUUGAAGAAAGAGGUGAGUGAGGGGACUGCAAGAAAGGCUGAAAGCCAUGCUAGAGCUAUGCUAUGGCUUACCAGGUCCAUGGAUUUCAGUAUAGCAGUAUUAGAGAGAUUAGAGAAGAAUUCUGAACUGAGCCUUGUACAAGUGGUGGAAGAUGCAUACAAGGACACUCUAAAGCCAUGGCAUGGUUGGAUAUCAUCAGCUGCUUACAAAAUUGCUCUGAAGCUCAUCCCAGAGAGAAAAAUAUUCAUCAGCUUGCUGAUGGGCAAAGGGCAAGAUUACAACAUGAUGAAAGCUGAUAUCCAGAACUUGGUCCCGUUGCUUCAGCCUCUUUUAAAUGAAAGCCAUGCCCUUUUGAUAAAGUUUGGGUUGGACAGGUUGAAAUCGACGUAGGGCAAGGUCUCGUGAUUUUUAUGAUUGUACAUAGUCCAACUUCGUUUUGUAAAUUAUCUUCAGCUUAUAUAUCUCUGGAAUUAUCCUUCUUAUUAUGUAAAUCAAAUCACCUUGGGCUUUGGUGAUAGUCAUAUUACAUUACCCAACAUUAAAAGUUAGAUGUACAUUAAUUUAUACCAGUAGAUAUUGUUCAUGAUGUCAUAGUUAGCAUUUCAAACAUUCAAAUGAGAAUUUGAAUGGAAUUUCUGUAGCUGAUCAAUGCACGGAUAAACAAGCAACAGAUAAAGUAGUUUACAGUGUAUAA